AUGGCCCCAGCGACUGUAAUCGAAAGCAAAUCCGCCAACUGGGAACACGACCCUCUCGGGGGGUUUUCCGAGGACGACUUCCUUCGAGUACGACAUGGAUUAUUCCUCAAAGUACAGGCAUACAAAAACAAUCAGUUGCCGCAAUAUAAUUUGCUAUUUCUGAUGGAUUGUAUAAACUUGGAAAGGUUUCGCACCCACAGUGUUGCGGCCCAAGCCCAUCUGAAGUACCUGGUGUCCAAAGCCGAAGGUGUGGUCGACGCCUGGAACGAUUGGAUUGACACACAAGAUGGACAAACAUGCGUCAUUAAACACUCGGCUCACCAAGCGCUCUCCGGCAUUCUUGCCGAUACAAUAAAAGAUAUGCAAUCUGGGCAUAGUAUCGACCAAAGUCCACCCAGCGACUUCUUGGAAGGACUCUAUCUUAGACGAAAUAUUACGACAACCGGCAUGGCAGUUAGGGACGAGCAUAUGCGAAGCCAAUUCGAAGAUCAGAUGAUCAACAGCUACUGUCCUAGUUCCAUCUACGGUAUUGGGAGAUCUAGGUAUUGGGACCCCAUACUGCACAAUUGGAUCCAGGUGGCAGACUGCAGAGCUGCCAUUCUGUUUCCAAACGAAACUUGCUCCAACAAAACGGCUGUCUUUGGCUCCUGCCAUUUUAUGGAUAUACUCCUCACGGUUCAUCCAAACAACGGAUUGUUCCUACACAAAACCAUCGAGUGGGCUUUGGCUCAUGGUUACAUUGCAAUCGUUCCAAAUGUGGACUUGGAGCCCAUUGAGGAGUCAUACAUUCACUUUGAAGAUGAAACUAAACGAAAGCUAAAAGAAGCGAGAACACGACGCCUGAAGGAAUGGGAUAGUAGCGAGAUCAAAGACUACAAGGUAGUCGUUUUCGACAAUAAAUCUAGCGUGGCCGUGAUGUCACAGAUGGUCAACGUUGGCGGUUGUCUCCUAGAACUCAAACAUCUCCACAAUCAGAAGCUCAUCUUCCUCACCUCGCAUCGCCCGCAAGCUCGCUACAUGUGGUGGAGCUUCUUCUCCUCUGCCACGGCGGCGUCGUGGCGGUUGGAUUUAUGCAAAGACUCUUUCGAUCGACAAUGGCUACACCGCGGAAUCCUCCUGGCAGCGCGGUAUUGGGGUACCACCGGACCGUACUGUGAGAAUGGUAUCCUUACUUCGUUCGCCGACAGCAUUCAGGCGGAAAGGACAUCGAUUCAUGACAGCUUGGCUGGGGCGUUUGGCGCGGCACUGAGGCCGAAUCAUGCGGCGCUGGCUAUUCUUUCUGCUCGAGUUGUGAGUAGUGAGUGGAAUGAGGUGAAGGAGUCUGUGGCCUGUGACUCGGAUGAGGAAUCAGGUUUGAAUGCGCCAGUAUCUGGGGCGAAGACGGAGGGAUGAAAAGCCGUUCGGGAGUGCUGGCAACGACGACGGCAGCGGCGUCGACGAAGAGGGCGACAACGGUGUCUUGUUGGUAAUUGGAUUGAAGCUCAGAAGGAAGAGUGAGUUCGAGAAGAAGAGGAAGAAGGUCUUGGUUGUGACCUUGAAGGCGAAAGAAGAAGGUGAAGUGAAAUUUAAAUUAGGGCUCGGCAUCCGAACAAAAUGUUCCCGUCCUCGCUAGGAACUUC